UAGCUACGGAAGCACGCUUGCUUGUCAAGCAGUCUUACAACAACAAGAAAUAUCGCCCUUAUUUCCGCCAGUGUCAGGAUUGACCGACGCAUUUCGGUGCAACAAAGGAGCACUAAGCAGCAUAAAUUCAUAACUCCACUUUCCCGAUUAUUGCACGAAGAUAGACAGGACCCACGAGAUGGAGGGAUCUCUCAUUGCUGUGCCGUAAAUCCUGACUCUUGCUGCGCCCUGUACUUGGGAAGUCGACCGAAAUCAUCCCCUAAAUCUCGAGUUUCGAAAAUUCAAAAAUGAAGCUAUAUAAUUCAGUCCCGCCCUCAAUUUUCACAAAGGACAUCCUUCAUUCACUUUGAAAAGAAUCAUGUCUUCCUCCCUCUCGACAUUCGUUGCUUUAGCGAGCAUUUUAUUCUCCGGCCACGCAUAUGCAGCCUCAAGUGCAGGAUGUGGUAAAAAUCUCCCCGCGCACAUCACAGCUGGGGGACAGUCCCACGAGGUAAAUUUUACGACGGUGUCUGGUGGAAGUCCUGGAAUGAAGAGACAAUACUGGAUUCAUGUUCCAUCAAACUACAACAAGGACAAACCCGCCCCUCUGAUUUUCUCAUUCCAUGGAAAUGGGGGAACUGCAGCAAAUCAAGAGGACUUGAGUCAAUUCUCCAACGAAUCGUGGAAUCCGAAUGCUAUUGCGGUUUAUCCACUGGGAGUGGGUAAAUCAGCAGGUCAGGUAUUUCUCACUGUUUUUCUUCCAUAAUGUGGGCUUAAUAUUGAUUUGUUUGUAGCAUUCUUGGGAAGGUGCUCCGUACUCCGUGCCAGGUGUUGAUGACGUUUCCUUUGUGGAAGACAUGUAUGUCCUAUUUAAAUUAUCGGCUCUUGCUCAAAUCGUGACUGACAAAAUCCCAGGAUCAACUCGUUCAAUGCGGACUAUUGCAUUGACACCUCUCGUAUCUAUGCAGCAGGCAAAUCCAAUGGAGGCGGUUUCACAGGAACACUAGCCUGCUCCCGACUGUCCGCCAAAAUUGCAGCGUUCGCCCCAGUUGCUGGCGCCUUCUACGUCCCUGGCUCAACUGACGACGACUGUGCACCGACAACCAUCCCCUUGCCUUGUCCUCCAGCAAGAAAUCCAAUUCCGAUCAUUGAAUUCCACGGUCUUGCAGAUACCACCAUCGCGUACGCAGGUGGUCCCCGAAGCGGGCAGUGUCUGCCUUCAAUUCCACAUUGGAUCCGAGAAUGGAGCAAGCGUGAAGGCUUCGGUCUGACGAAUCGCACGACCUCGCUGUUUGGAGGCAAUGUCUUGAAGUAUGAGUAUGCUGAGGCGGCAGGGAUUUUGGGAGAAAUUACACACUAUCGUAUAAGUGGCUUGGGCCAUGAUUGGCCGAGUGUUGGUCCAAAUCCUGAUAGUAGCACGGGAACUUACUUGGAUGCAACGCCGUUGAUUAUGGACUUUUUCAAUAGUUAUCCUUUGCCAAAUUAGCUGCAGGUUUACCGACCUCCCGGUGGACAAGAAAAGUGGCA